AUGGAGAUUCGGCAGACACGAAGGUGUGGUGGGGUAGCUUCUUCUCCCAAUCUAUGCGAUUCCAGAAUGCGCUCAGCUCGGAGUUCGCGUGCGACAAACUCGAGCAGCACGCUGGCAAGAGGCACUAGCUUUUUUGGAAUCGUCCAGGUACCUUUGCCACCACUCCCCCCGGAACGAAUUGCGAGCCCUCCGUCCCCAGACUCCGACAGCGCCGCGCCGCAGCGCUUUCGAGAUCGAAGCCUGCAGGGGCUGCCCACGCGCGCACCGUCGUCCUUCAGGAGCGACCGGUGGCCGAUCAGCACGCGCACGACGUUCAGCAACGAGCGCGCAGACGCACUCGACGAGUAUCGACGCGUACAGAGGCUGCCCACCAAAAAAAAUGGCUGAUGCGGCCUGGGCAGAGCUCCAGGCCGGCGAGAGUGGCGCGCGGGACAAAGCCUGGGACCGCAUCCUCAAGAAGAACGCCGUCGCGAAAAAGGCCAAGAAGAAGCGCCCUCCCAAAAGGUGGGAGCCGCCCGCACCUGUCGUCGCAGAGAAGAAGCAGGAGGAAACGAAGCCGCCGGCGCCGCCCGAGACCGCCGUGGCGUUGCUGCGACGGUUGGCACGGGCCGUGCAGCAGACGGCUGCCGAGGACAGCAAAGUCAGGUCAGAGGGCCUCGACACCCUAUCAAAAGCCUUAACUCAAAACCUGCCGGACGCGACGGUCGCGGAGCUAUUACACUCGCUCUGCCAGCCCCUGUUGAGGCGCUUCGAGGACCCUGUCGAGAAAUUACGGGAGAAGGCUAUUAGGCUCAUGGCGGAGCUCUGUAAACGUGUCAAGGACUUGCAGCCGCAUCUGCCGUACCUGUUCCCUGUGCUGCAUCAUAGAGGUUCGCCGGCCUCUGGAUUGGACGUCGAGAAUUCCGUCUUUGUGUUUGACUUACAAGGCUACGACGAGUUCAAGCGGGGUAAGGCCACGGCGCGGCCGGACCUACAGGAAGCGUUCGCAAGGACAAGAUUAGUCAACAGUGGCGAACCUGCGGAAGAAUUACGAUUACAAUUAUGUGAAUUACUUAUUGUCGUGACGACGAACCGGCCGGCGAACAUCAUCGGAGCGUAUUUGCAUGAGGCCAUGUUACUUUUUGCCGGCUUUGCCCGAGAUACGUUUGGACUCGUAGCGAAACGAGCUGCCGAAGGUAUCUCAGCGGUUUGUAGUGUGGACGACUUGCAGGAGGCACUGAUACCCUACGCCUGUGCUUUAGCUAGGUGCUGUUUGCCUAAUCUAAGGCAUCGCCACGCGAAAGUGCGAAAGGCUACUGUGGAUGCCAUCAGACGAUCAGUAGCGGUUAGGAACGUAGGGAAAUGGCGAGGCGCGGGCUCCGACGCCAUCAAGGACUUGGUAGGUUUCAGGGAGGACAACGUGAUUCCGACCCAUGCGUUUUACGGCCCUGAAACCAGAUACAACUACGUCGCCGAGCUCACAAGAGACGCGAACGCCUCCGUAAGACUAGCAACCAUGCAGAUGUUCGCCGAGUGGUUCGUCGGUAUUGCCGAUAGGAGGGACCACCAGCCUCGUUUACUUGCGUAUGUGCUCAAUUUCCGCAUCGACCAAGAUGAACAAUGUAGGGACUGCGCCGCGGAAGCUUUAAGGGCCGCUGGGAGGGAGAUGAUGGGUGAAAGACAAGAAGAUAAGUUGCUCGAGAAGAUCCAAUAUGGUGUGGAUGGGGACCCCCGAUGUAACCAUUCACCAGAAGGCUUACCCUGGCCGCAUACGGAGAGGCCACCUCUCGAAGCUAGAGUCAUCGUGCGCGCCUUCGCGCAACGAUGCAUCCAGCCGGUCAUGGACGAAUUAUCAUCCUGGACGGAGUACGCCCGCGUGUCGUCGGCGACGCUCCUCCAGACGCUGUUCGUGUACCACGAGGAUCAUGUGACCGAGAGGCUGUCGAAGAUCGUGAUUGCUCUUUGUAAGGCCCUGAAACGAGGAAGAAAUGAAAAAUACGGUGGGGAGCAUCGUCAAUCCGUUCUCGAGUGUGCUCGGGUGCUGGGGAGAUACGUGGUUCCUGAUUCAUUUGUCCCUUUUCUAGCACCUCGAGUGUCAGGUGACUUGGAAGUCCUCCCGGGCGGCAUCGAUGCGGACCAACGGGCAGACGUGACCGAUUUACUAGGAGCGAUGAUUCGGGGCGCCAAGGCCUCGAGUAUAUUACCGCACUUUGCACCUUUAUCCGAAGUGCUCACGGAUCCAAACUUGGUGGGGACGACGUCGCCCCACCUACGCGACUCUGCGUUAUCUGCUUGUGCUUCACUAGCUCAUGUGGUGGCGUCGUCGAAGGACGCGCUGGCCGCGGCGUUCGUCGCUACCGGCCGAUUGGAGUCCCUCGAGGCGGCGUUGUUAAGUCUUUUGAGGGCUAUCCUCGCGUGGCGCGGCGGCGGCGCGUCCACGACACUGGCAGAUAAUGCGUUACUAGACGUAUCAAAAGCGGGCGGCGACGAAGACGCGUCGCAAGCCAUCACCCGGCGGCUCGACGUGCUCUUCGAUGCAAAUGAUGAAGCCUUUGAAGAUGCGGCGACGUGGCAAUCUACUGCUUUGAGGGAGGCCUGCGCCGUCUCGCAAUCGCCCCAUCUGUUGGUAAUAGGCGCGCAAGUCUGCCAGAAAUCCAUACAACGCUUCCUGACGAGCGAGGACGAGGACCCCGCGAAGGACGACGCGUCAAACGUCGUGGCGAGCCUGGCCCAUUCAUUGAUCCCGUGCGCCUCGGAAGCGAGUCGGGAAGCUUCCAUCGCGGCCGUCGCCGACAUUGUGCUCGCACCGGACGCCAUGUUCUCCACGGAUCCGUCCAGGGACGCGCGCUGCGACCUCGCUACUUCAUUGGUCGAGCACUUGGAUAAAGCGACCUUGGAACCGCUCGCGAAGGGUUUGGUGGGGGCCCUCGUCGAGCCGUGUCUACGAGGCGCGCCCCAGGACGGCCGCGACAAGGCCCGCUUCCUGGGUGGGGCCAAGGCCGCAUCCCAUAUCCUCCAAACCUGCGCGUCGGGCGGCUCGAGUCGCAGGCCGACGAAAUUGCAGGAUAGGGGAGAUGACGUCCACGAAUCUGUACAUUCCGCGGCGCGCCUCGCGCUGAACGCCUUCGAUCGAUUAUUUUUGCGCGACGACGAGGCCCUGCGCAAGCAAGGGGCGGAUCUGCUGAAUAGCGUGCUGCCUUCUUUGAGAAUGGCGCCCGACGCCGUCGACGAUUCAUCGGAGCGGCUGUCGCUGCUGGAUUUUGUGGCGAAGGCCGCCUCACAUUUACCGACGGACUACGCCGCGUCGGAGACGUACGUCGACGACGCCCAGGCGCGCCUCGACGGCGCGCUGCGGUCCGCGGCGGCGCUGGACCCGGCCGCGUUCCUGGAGGCGAUCCACACGCGGCCGCGGACGAACGUGACGUGCUCGCUCGAGGACCACGCGGAGAUGAUCCAGGGGUUUAACAAGUAGACA